AUGUGUCUCGAAGGCUCGGAUUGUGAAAGAGAUGCAAGCUGUGAGGAAUGCUCCGGCGUCGCAUGCACCAGAAUCACCUCCUUUAAUCUAGAGGAUAACCGAGAAGUGGCACUUACUUGCAUUCCAUACGAUACAAGGAAAGCUGUCAUGGCUCUUUUAUUUGUCAGCCAUAAGCGCUUCCAUACUGCAGGUCAAGUUUACCAAAUGAAACAGAUUCGCCCUGCAUAUUUGAAUACGGCAGUCGUUUUAUACGGACAUUUGGAAGAGCGCAUCUGGAAGAGUCCGGAUGUCGGCGAGUCGGUGAUCGUCAAAUCUGUGUUUGCUACUCAGGGGAUUAUUGUAACUCUGCCAGCAUUCUGA